GCGAUUGCAAGUGCAACAAUGAAGAAUUCAAGUCCUGUAAAUGAGUAUUUCGAAGCUUUUCCAAAACUGCUUGGCUACGAUUGCAGCUAUUGUAGCAACAUUGCAAUCUUGUAAAUUGUAAUGCAAGAAAGAAGUUACAAAUCUUCAGUUGCUCAUGUCGAAAUGAUUUAUUUUCACUUUUCUAUCCAAGGUAGAGAACAUUUUCGUUUCCUUUUCAUCGGCCAAAUUCGCAUCGCGCGACUGUAAAACGAUGCACUUGAAACGCCCAGUAAACGCAUUUGCGACAGACCUGCGCCCGUCAAGCAGCAGUUGACCCGUGCAGUAGUUUUCACCGUAGUGCACCGUGUUGUAGUGGCUGCUGUAUCGCGCCGUCUCGCGCGCCGAUAGAUAUUCAGUGUACGCGUUUGUGCGGAUUCCUCCGUUUCAUUGUCAUCGGCAGGACAACUCGCGGGGAUCGAUGAGGUGAGAUGCGAAAGGCAUCCAGACUCCGGAUCGCCCAGGGGGUGACCCGAGGCUUCCAAGGCCUAAUUCUAUUCGCCAAUAAUGCUGAACUCGAAGGACAUUAGUAGCAGAUGAUCUCUGAUAUAGUUUAGUGCAAAUGAAAAGCACUUCAACAAAGGACAUCUAAAUGCCAGGAGGUGUCCUCGCAUAGCACUGAGUGCUGCGGCCAGGCAUUCUUAAACAUGGCCACGUAUCAAGUCGACUACCAGUGGGCUUAUUCCAUAAUGGACUCAUCUAGGAUAUCCACUUUCCUAAUAUCAAUCCUAUUGAUAGUUUACGGUAGUUUUCGAUCUCUAAAUAUGGAGCAAGAAGCGAGGGAAAGAGAAAAGGAAAAGGAGCGUAGUAACUUAUUGACUGGACUUACAAGUAAUAGCGGCACUGGCAAUGCGGAUGGCGCUAAUGGAGGAAGAGUUCAAACUCUGGAUACGAUGCAUGCUCUCUGUCUACCUCUCGGUGCUUCCAUUUCUCUACUCGUCAUGUUUUUCUUUUUCGACAGUAUGCAGAUGCUUCUUGCAAUUUGUACAGCCAUUAUAGCUACAGUUGCAUUGGCAUUCCUUUUAUUGCCCAUGUGUCAGUAUAUCAUUAGACCAUGCUCGGACGGCAACAAAAUAUCCUUCGGUGUUUGCGGGAGAUUUACGGGGGCGGAAUUACUCUCAUUUUCGCUCAGUGUGAGUAUAGUAUGCAUCUGGGUCUUGACUGGACAUUGGCUGCUGAUGGAUGCGAUGGGUAUGGGCCUGUGUGUGGCAUUUAUUGCAUUUGUUCGACUACCUAGUCUCAAGGUUUCCACGUUAUUAUUAACUGGACUGCUGAUUUACGAUGUCUUCUGGGUUUUCUUUUCGUCCUAUAUAUUCAGCACAAACGUAAUGGUUAAGGUAGCAACUAGGCCUGCAGAUAAUCCAGUAAGUCUCGUGGCUAGGAGAUUACACUUAGGCGGCGUGGCGAGAGCCGCGCCGAAACUACCUUUACCCGGCAAACUGGUUUUCCCGUCGAUGCAUCAAGCGGGACACUUCUCGAUGUUGGGCCUUGGCGACGUUGUUAUGCCGGGUCUCCUACUCUGUUUUGUGUUGCGAUACGACGCGUACAAGAAGACUCAGCUAUUGCCCGGCGGCUGCGAAACUGGAGUACCACCGCCGCGCCACUUCAGUCGGAUUAGCUAUUUUCAUUGCUCCUUGAUCGGUUAUUUUCUUGGUCUACUUACCGCCACUGUAAGCUCUGAGGUGUUCAAAGCUGCGCAGCCUGCCUUACUGUACCUUGUGCCCUUCACUUUAUUGCCAUUACUCACGAUGGCAUAUUUGAAGGGAGAUUUGCGUCGAAUGUGGAGUGAACCAUUCAUAUCUCAACCACCAUCGAAACAUAUGGACGUUUGACAAGAGUCAUGGUUUUCUGUAUAUUGUGCUGUAUCGGAGGCGGAAUUCUUGCGUGAGAUUCACCACCAUGUAACUUCACACUCUUGUUUUCAUCAAUGUCAUUUAAUGUAAGUAAUUUUUCUACACAUACAUACAUACAUACACACACACAGGCAUACACGCGCGCGCAAUACAUCCAUAUUCUUUUUAAAGUCAAUAUGACGUAUAGAGGAUAAUUCAGAUCUAAGGCUCGACGCAAUUAUGUGCGGUGUAAAAAAACACACCGUAUAAAUAAUUUAAAUGUAAUAUAAUGUCACGAAUGUAAUGUUAGCGGUGCAAAGAACUUUUUACCGAAACAAUUAGAGGACGGAGAAUUCUCUGCGAAUAUUCCUGGAAUGCCAAAUGACACGUAUAUUGCUGGCAUUCUUUCUGUGUCUUAACUUGAUGUUUGAGUAUAUUAAUAGAUAUUGUGCACAGUAGUUAACGCAAGCGAUUAUCGUCAUUUUCAACUACUAAGUAAUAGUUUAAAAGGACUAUGUAUCACGUGGUUAAUUUAACGAACGAAAGAUCUUUCACUUCUACCGUAGGAUCGAUAAUGAACAAAUUCUCGAAAUACUUACUUUCUAUUCGAACAAAAUAUAGAUAAAAAAACUACUCUUCUCUCUCGUAAAAUUCAGUUACAAAUAGUCGGAAGACUCGUAUUCCGAGAUAUCACAUUUUGAUUCGCUGUACUCAAUCUAUUUACUUCCGAGUAUCUAUUAAUAGAGUAAUUCGUGAACUCUUGAACGUUUGGAUAAGAAUUCAGUACAUACGUGCAUGUAGGUUGUGACUUUGUUUUAAAGUUGGUUUAAUAUACUGAACACAGAAUAUAGCGCUAAAAGUAAUUAUACGUAUUUAUUAUCAUUUUAAACUUAAGGGCACAAAUUCGCGAAUUUACAGCAAUCAGUGGCACGCUUUUCUUCUUUCGGAUAUCGCGUUUCGUUUCGUUGCUUUCUCAUCGAUAGGACAAAACUAUUUCGAAGAAAUUGUUUGUCAUUCUCAACACACGAGUAGGUUAUAAUAGGGAACUCUGUCGUUAAAAAUGCGAUUUACAGGGAUGUUUGUUUUCUAGAUUAAAAAAAAUCGCUUUUUAAACAAGCUCUUGCUAUGGAUAGGCUGUCAGAAAGACUUUAUACGUUUAUUUAAGGAUAAGACUGAAGAUUAUAAAUCUAUGAAAGCCAAUUUAUUAAGUGACUUCUGAAAGAUAAACGAGUUUGUCCAUUCUACCUUUCUCUUGGAUCAAUUUAUAGUGUCGUAGAUUAAUGAAAUAGCAUAAUAUAUUCUAAUAUAUAAUAAUAUUACAUUGUCUAAGAGAGGUGGAAUAAUAACUGCUUUCAUAUUGUUUCUUAUACUUUAAAAUAGGUUACGCAAUUCUCAGUCACAAAUCAAUUAGAUAUUUAACGAUUGCUUCAACUUUUUUGUAUUAUACUUAGCUAAUUAUAAAUUUAUAUACGUAUGCCAGAAUGACAAUUCACAAUUUGUGUUCUUUGGAUAAACAUUAUUGUAUCUUCACAGAUUUUUGAAAAUAGUACUUUUUUAAUCGUAGAAACCUGAUAGACAAGUAUAAUCGAGAGAAAGCGAACUAUUCAGCGAUCCAAACUAAUUUAAUCUGUACACUUGUAUAUUAAUGUAGAAAAACGAACACGGAACCUGAAUUCUACCUGAAUUAGAUCUUACAAUGAAGGCAUCUUUAAGCGUAUCAUUGGAUAGCAUCUCGUUAACUUCGUAGCGAUUAUAGUUUAUCAUUCUUCAUUCGUUUACCUGUCCAUAGCACAAGCAAUUUAUUCUCCAUCGUUGUCACGUAAUUUCUUAAACGAAUUUCUAACAUUUUAUAUAAUAAUUGCUUAUACGAUAAGUAAUGUAAUGAAUUUUUCUCGUUUUUUGUUACUCGA